CCCAAUGCCUUCUUUAAACCCCAAUUUCCCAAAUCUAGGGUUUUUCACUUCCCACUCCUCCUCCUCCAAUGGCGGCGCCGAAGAAAUCCCCUCGUAACCCUAACCUAAUCAACGGCAUCGGAAAAUUCUCCCGUUCAAAAAUGUACCACAAAAAGGGCCUAUGGGCAAUCAAGAAGAAAAACGGCGGCAAACUCCCAAUCCACCCUAAAAAACCCUCAGCCGCCGUCGCCGUCAACGCCGCCGUUGUAAAACCCCCAAAGUUCUACCCAUCUGAUGACGUGGCAAAACCUCUCAUCAACAAACACAAGCCGAAACCCACGAAGCUCCGAUCAACUAUCACACCUGGAACAGUGUUGAUUAUCCUUGCUGGGAGGUUUAAGGGAAAAAGAGUAGUGUUUUUGAAGCAACUUGUUGGUUCGGGACUGUUGCUUGUUACGGGUCCAUUUAAGGUUAAUGGGGUUCCAUUGAGGAGAGUUAAUCAGGCUUAUGUAAUUGCUACAUCGACGAAAGUUGAUGUGAGUGGGGUUAAUGUGGAGAAGAUUGAUGAUAAGUAUUUCGCGAAGCAAGUGGAGAAGAAGGUGAAGAAGGGAGAAGGAGAGUUUUUUGAAGAGAAGAAAGAGGAGAAGAAUGUGCUUCCGCAAGAAAAGAAAGACGAGCAGAAAGCUGUGGACACAGCAUUGCUCAAGGCCAUCGAAGGAGUUCCUGAAUUGAAGGCUUAUUUGGCUGCAAGGUUUUCACUCAAGUCGGGGAUGAAACCACACGAGCUUGUCUUUUAAAGGAAGAACACACCUAUGGUGGCAUUUUUUUGAAACUGAUUUUUGUUAGUACUAUUUUUCUUGUGCUGUUCGGUUUGAACUUGCGUUUAGAGGUCAUAUUGAGUGAGUAUAAACAUCUUCAAUUAGAAUUUGCAGUAUGCGAAUUUUCGUGUGUCCUGUUUAUCCUUGUGAUAUUAUGCACCAUUUGUUUUCUUUAAUAUACUGCCUUGUUCAAA